AUGAGUGAUAGAGUAUUAUUGAAGGUGUAUUAUUUUGGUCAGAUUUUAUUACAAACAUCUGAAGGAGUAACAUUUGUUUGUGAAAAUCCAUUGGAUGUGGUGAUUCCUUUCACAAUCUCAUUUGAAGAGUUCAAAGGUGUGAUCUGUGAAAAGAUUCAUUCUGAGAGGGCAAAAACAAUAUCAUGUAUUCUAUAUAGAUAUCCUAUACAAGUGUUUGGUGGAUUCGUGCAAUUUCAAACCAAAUAUGUAACAGAUGAGGCAAGCUUGCAAGAUAUGUUUUUCAUGUAUUUUGAAAAUCGGAGUCACCUCUCGUUUAUCGACUUGUAUGUUGAGUUUGAGCAAUCUGAGGCCGACCGGAAUAUUCUACGGGAAGAUUACGAUAGUGAUAGUGAAGAAGAGUUCGAAAGCAACUACGAAGUUGUUGGUCCAGAUGGAGAUGAGGUUCAAGGUGACGAAGCUAUGGCUCCGGAUGUGUCUGAUGUGGCAAUUGCACUGGCAAACGAUAUACCGUUUGAGGAGCCAUCAUUCAUGCGAGUGUUGGAUUUGGAAGCCAUGAAUGUUCCGGAGUUUCCGGAUUAUAUCAAUGCAGAAAUUUUCUUUGUCGCAGAUGGUGAAUUUGCCGUUGGGAUGGAAUUCAGUUCCAGGGAAACUGUUAUUAAAGCGAUAAAAUAUAUGAUCAGCCGGAAGUACUGUUGGGUUAUAAGGAGGUAUAAUGGCAGUCACACAUGUACCAGAGCCACAAUUUCUCAAGAUCAUUCGAAGCUGGAUUCGGCCACAAUUGCAGAAGCAAUUAAGCCGUUGGUUGAGGCUGACCCCGCCUUAAAGGUCAAAUCGGUUAUAGCAGAGGUGCAAUCGAAGUUCAACUACACCGUUAGUUAUCGAAAAGCAUGGUUGGCUAAGCAAAAGGCAAUGGAAAAAAUAUUUGGUGGCUGGGAAGCAUCGUACGAAGCGUUGCCUAUUUGGUUUGAGGCCAUGUGUCACAAGGAGCCAUCAGCUAUUGUUCAUUUUGAGACUAUGCCUGCAUAUCAAGGCGAUGACUUGGUGACUGAUAUUCGGGUGUUGCAUCGUGUCUUUUGGAGUUAUUACCCUUGCAUUAGAGCAUUCAGACAUUGUAAGCCAGUUGUCCAGGUGGAUAGGACUCACUUGUACGGAAAGUACAAGGGUUGUCUACUUGUGGCAGUGUCACAGGAUGUCACCCGGGAUGGUGUGGGACUGAUAUCUGAUCGUCACGAGUCCAUAAAUGCAGCUGUUGUCAGGAGUAACGGGGCUUGGUCACCUCCUAGAGCUUUUCACAUGUUUUGCAUCAGGCAUAUAGAGUCGAAUUUUCUGAGAAAAUUCAAGGCAUCGUACUUGCAGAAACUGGUCGUCAACAUAGGACAUUCGAGGACGGUGCGAGAGUACGAGAUGCGUUACCAGCGUUUACGAGAACGGGGUGCGGCCUACACUGACUGGUUAGACCGUAUCCCCCGAGAUCAGUACGCGUUGGCCUUUGAUGGUGGAUAUCGAUGGGGUCAUAUGACGACAAACCUAGUGGAAUGCAUAAAUUCAGUUUUGAAGGGUGCACGCAAUCUCCCCGUCACUGUCCUUGUGAAGGCAACAUUCUACAGGCUUAACGAGUUGUUUACCCGAAAAAGAGCGGAGGCGGAAGCUCAGAUUAAUGCUGGCCAUGUCUUUUCUGAGAUCGUGACAUCGAAGUUGCAAACCAGCUUGCAUCAGGAAACAUUCAGGUGGAUCGGAUUCCCUGUCGACAUGUAUUUGCAUGUUGUGCCAACCAGCGACUGGAUUGGCAAGUGCGAUGUAGGCUAUGUGGAGCUGAGGGACACAGCCGUAGCAGAUGCCGUCAGGCAGGUGGUUCAAAUGCCGAGAGAGAUCAUCAGUAGAUUCAUAUUCCAAGAUGAUAUUAAGUAUGUGGCAUUAUAUGCUUCAGCAUGA